AUGAAGCGACACCCCAAAAAUGGCCGUAAGUCACACAAGUUCAUCUCCUCGCAUGAACAAAAUAUUGAAUUAAAUGGUAGAUCGAAAAAUUACAUAUGACUACAAUUUAUUUUCUUCAUACUUUUAUUCAUAUAAAUAUAUUAAUGCCUUUAGGUAUAGGCCUACAUAUCCAUUGAAAAAUGCAUCUGGCUACAGCCAUUUUCAGAUGUCAGGAUUUGUUUGGAAAGGCUGUUCACUUAGUGUGUGUUCGUGCUAUGUGUGCAUGGUUGAAUUCCACUACACACUGGCAAGUUGAAAACAUGCGUAUUGUUGUAUUGGCCUAUAAUAAAAGGAAUCUUAUAAAAAAUAAGUGAACAUGCUUGAUGCAGGAGGACAAUGUUAUGAUCUACAGAUGGAGAAAAUGCUUUGUUCCAAAUCUGGUGCAAUGCAUCAGCCAGCUAGGUCUGCAUGUUAUGUUGUUGUGGUGAAGCUUUUGUGACGUCACUGUGGAAUUCACACACACACACACACACACACACACACACACACACACACACUUUCUUUGGAUGUGUUUGUGUUGGUCAUUGGGUGACUUAACCCUUUACACCCCAAUGGAGCCAACCAGGCGAAGGCAGGUCAAUGGCAGACUGAACAAUGUUCAUGUGUGUAUUUUCUGUAAUUUCUGUAAUUCAGGGCUCAUCUGUAAAAGACACCUUGGUCUUAGUAUGACUCCCUGAUAAAAUAAAGGUUAAAUCAAAUAAAAUAACAACAGACUCACAGUGGGUUCCGCUGACGAGCUCUCUCUGUAAUAACAACAGAUUAGUCGAUAUGAUUCUGACAGCACAAAGUUAUAGAGUGUUUAAGAUGAUCAUAAUACACACACUCACUAUUGUGUAUUUAUUAUUACUUUUAUUAUUACUUUUCUAUUAUUUCUCUAUUUUCUUUCUCUCUGCAUUGUUGGGAAGGGCCCGUGAGCAUUUCACUGUUAAUCUACACCUGUUGUUUACGAAGCAUGUGACGAAUACAAUGUGAUUUGAUUUGACUCUUGUGGUGGUGUGAGUAUGUGAGCGCCUACAGUAGAGGAUAAGGGGGUAGAGGAUAAGCAUGAGAUUAUUUACAAUCACUAAACUCACUGUUUUAUGCCAAUUAAUACAUUAUAUCAGCAGGCUUGAAUGAAACAAUGUGUGGAUAUUUCAUAUUUAAUGUUUUUUUUUCUCUGAACGAGAGCUUGUUUGUUGGAAGGUUUGAUAUAUUUGGUGGCGAGUGUGUGUGUGUUCCAGGUAAGUUAAGUUACAUCAGGAAAUAGGUUAUAUUUGGUUAAGAAAGCGAGUGAGGUACACAUAUACACACACACACGAUAUGCACCUGCUCAUGUGGUAACCUGAUUUAUAAGUCAUGAGAUGAGUUUCCAUGGUAACGGUAACAGAGUGAUAGCCCUUUACAGGCAUUGUUACAGAGCGAUAGCCCUUUACAGGCAUUGUUACAGAGCGAUAGCCCUUUACAGGCAUUGUUACAGAGCGAUAGCCUUUACAGGCAUUGUUACAGAGCGAUAGCCCUUUACAGGCAUUGUUACAGAGCGAUAGCCUUUACAGGCAUUGUUACAGAGCGAUAGCCCUUUACAGGCAUUGUUACAGAGCGAUAGCCCUUUACAGGCAUUGUUACAGAGCGAUAGCCUUUACAGGCAUUGUUACAGAGCGAUAGCCCUUUACAGGCAUUGUUACAGAGCGAUAGCCUUUACAGGCAUUGUUACAGAGCGAUAGCCCUUUACAGGCAUUGUUACAGAGCGAUAGCCCUUUACAGGCAUUGUUACAGAGCGAUAGCCCUUUACAGGCAUUGUUAUAGAGGAAGAGGAAGAUGGAAUAAGUACAGUAGAGUGAACAGAAACGCACACACUCUUUUUCUCUUCCCAUCCACACACAAAGAGCCCGAAAGAAAAUUACAGUUAAUGUUGUAUAAACAGGAUUAUAAACUGGGUGGUUCAAGCCCUAAAUGCUGAUUGGCUGACAGCAGUGGUAUAUCAGCCCGUAUACCACGGGUAUGACAAAACAUUUAUUUUUACUCUACUAAUUAUGUUGGUAACCAGUUUAUAAUAGCAAUAACUCCCCUCAAGGGUUUGUGGUAUAUGGCCAAUAUACCACUGCUAAGGGCUGUUCUUAUACAUGACGCAACGUGGAGUGCCUGGACACAGCCCUUUGCCGUGUUAUAUUGGCCAUAUACCACAAACCCCAGAGGUGACUUAUUACAUUUGACUUAUUACAUUUAUUUUUAGUCAGUUUAUAAUAGCAAUAAGUCACCUCAGGGAUUUGUGGUAUAUUUGUAUUUAAUAGGGAUCCCCAUUAGCUGCUGCCAAAGCAGCUGCUACUCUUCCUGGGGUCCAAAUACAUUAAGGCAUUUAAAUCACACAUAAAACAAAAGAUAAAACAGUACAUCAUAUAACAUUAUUACACCACUACAUAUCUACAGGCACUCCUCGUUGCGUCGUGCUUUAGAACAGCCCCUAGCCGUGGUAUAUUGGCCAUAUACCACACCCCCCUGGGCCUUAUUGCUUAAAUAACCCAUUCCCUAUAGAAAUUGAGUUCAUUAAUGGAGAGCGAGGGAGAGAGAGAGAAUAGACUACUGCAUACUGCCAUGUAAUGAGAGCCAGAGCCAGGGCAUUCCAAGAGCAUCAAAUGUCUGCCGGUCUAUAAGAAAGGCAGAGAGUGAAAGGUGGCAGACAUUUUGAAAAGCAGUUACAGUGAGCCAGUGGAUAAGGAACGUGGGGUCAUCAGUUUCUGGCCAUGCUAAAGAGGAAGAUCAAAGUACAAUGCAUUCAAACCAACAUCAUUUCAUCCAUUAACUUUUACCCCAACCCAUUACCCUUAACCCUAAACAAAUCUACUUGCUCAAUAGUUCUGUUGAUAUAAUAGUUUAUCCUUUCUAGUAGAUGCACAAAGCAAUGAACUGAACAACAGUUGAGGUCUUAUGUGAAUCCACUAAUUUCUUAUUUCACAUAGCUAUUAGUCAUGUGUUAAAGACACAGGUUUACAAACUUAAAGACAUGUUACAUCAGAAAGGGGGCAUAAUGACCCCAAAGUACAGAUGCCUGAAACCUGAUCUACCUUGGAGUAUCAUGUCUAGCCCAAACUUUAAUGUUGAUGAGAGCAAGGGUUUACAGGGGAUGACUCUCUAGCCCAACUCCUUGAUGAGUGCAAGAGAUUGAGCCAUGGUCAAGCUGAUAUCUUUGAAUGAACCAUUGGCGCCAUCUAAAGCCACAUGCUCGCAAGGACAUGAAGGAAGGCGAUUCAAAUGCACGUUAACAAUUUUGUCCUUCCUCAGGUCCCAUCCAUGUAGAAAAAUCUGUCUGGAAGUUGCUCGUAUUCACAGACCUAGGAUCAGAUUAUCCACCCCGAAUUCCAACCUUAACCAGGAGGGGUAUUCCUUACUCGGUAUGACAUCAUCCACUGAUCAUUGUUUGUAGAGCUGUCAGUUCCAUCACCGACCUAGUACUGUAACUCCAUACGAAUUGGAGUUCAUUUAAAGCAUUAUAUCAAGUAAGUGUAAUUAUACUAGCUACUUUCAUGUUUUAGUAGUUUAAAACCGUGAUACGCGAUUUGAUCAUGUCUGAGUCGGUCACCGUGUACUUAACAGGAUAGCUAGCUACUUGUAUUGUUGGCACUUUGGCUGUCACUGUCAGGCUUAUCGCCGGCUGGCUAGCUAGCUAGCUAACGCCCUUGCCUUGCAAGAAUAGCUAGGAGAUUAUUGUCAAAACUAAAUCUACCAUGUGGAUAAUCAGAUUACCAUUGUACAAUGAAGCGAGUUUAAAUGAAGGGUUGCGGCUUUCUCUCUCCAGUCAACGUGUGCUCCGUUUGCUGGCUAGUUUGGCAUCGAGCACAUAGUCUCUAAAAAGAAGAUCGAGCAGGACACAGAUGACGUUGACUGCCAGGACGCAGAUGACGUUGACUGUUGGCCAGCGGGCGAGCGUCCAUCACAGAAUCAGAUGAAACUGGGAUGUGACCAAUCAGUGGAAAGAGUACCCAAUUGUCAUACUUGAGUAAAAGUAUAGAUACCUUAAUAGAAAGUCACUCAAGUAAAAGUGAAAGUCCGCCAGUAAAAUACUACUUGUGUAAAAGUCUAAAAGUAUUUGGUUUUAAAUAUACUUAAGUAUCAAAAGUAAAUGUAAUUGCUAAAAUAAAAGUAUAAAUAAUUUAAAAUUCCUUAUAUUAAGCAAAGCAGACGGCACCAUUUUCUUGUUUUUAAAAUAUAUGGAUAGCCAGGGGCACACUCCAACACUCCAACAUUAUUUACAAAAGAUGCAUUUGUGUUUAGUGAGUCUGCCAGGCCAGAAGGGAUGACCACGUUUUCUCUUGAUAAGUGCUUGAAUUUGACAGUUUUCCUGUCCUGCUAAGCAUUCAAAAUGUAACGAGUCGUUUUGGUUGUCUGGGAAAAUGUAUGGAGUAAAAAGUACAAUAUUUUCUUUAGGAAUGUAGUGAAGUAAAAGUAAAAGUAGUCGAAAAAUAUAAAUAGUAAAGUAAAGUACAGAUACCCCAAAACACUACUUAAGUAGAACUGUAAAGUAUUUUUACUUAAGUACUUUACACCACUGCCAAUCAACCCGUUUGACCUUUCCAAUCAACCAUCAAAUUAAUUUGGUGUUAAUAACAAACCUUUUGGUUAAUGUUGUAAUCUCAUGAUUUUAUCUCCUGCAUGAAUCAACGGACAAAAAGUAGGCCUAAGUUUUCUAUCUCGUCCCGCCCAUGAUAAGAUCUGAUCCGAAUUGGUUUUGAUCAAAAUAUAAUAACAUAGACCUUUUUGAUCGGGACUCUCAGUUCUAUUACAUUACACGUAAGAGUCAUUGGACGAAGGUGUCUUCUGUACAGGGGGAGUUUUGUUGAGAUCCCCAACGCUUGGUCUGAACAGGGGCCCAAAGCGAGAUUUGGUUAAUUUACCAAUCAAAAUGUUUUAUCUGACAUGGCUAAUUGAGUGACUGUCAGUGACUGACAUAACAAUAUAAAAAUUGCUGAUGUGCAACCAAAUUUCGAACUUGCACCUUGUGUAUUCUACUAUUCUAACUCUCAAAAAUAAAUUGGGACCCCUGACUGAGUUCCCCCAAAAAAUUAUUAAAAUGUUGCAGUUUUUGUAAAGUUUUCUGCAAUUCUACACAUUUUGCCAUAGGGCGGAAAUAACAUUUUAAACACAUUUCAUUAAAUUCUACUCAUCUUGCCAUGGGGCAGAUAUAAUUUUUCCCCCAGUUUUACAGCUAAUUUCCUGCAAUUCUACCCAUUUUGCCAUGACUUAUGCCAUGUUAAUGAUAUCUGAGUGAGAGUGACUAACAAAAUAAAUUGGGGCCCCUUGGGCACGUGCCCUGCGUGACCGAUCAGUAUUCGGCCAUGAUAACUACAAGUUUAGAUAGCUGGCUAGACUAAUUUACCAAUCUAUAAAUUGUUAGCAGAUCUGGCUAAUUGAGUGACUGUCAGUGACUGACAUAACAAGAUAAAAAUUGCUGAUGCACAACCAAAUUUCGAACUUCCACCUUGUGUAUUCAACUAUUUUAACUCUCAACAGUAAAUUGAGACCCCGACUGAGUACCUACAGUUGAAGUCGGAAGUUUACAUGCACUUAGGUUGGAGUCAUUAAAACUCGUUUUUCAACAACUCCACAAAUUUCUUGUUAACAAACAAUAGUUUUGUGCAUGACACAAGUAAUCUUUCCAACAAUUGUUUACAGACAGAUUAUUUCACUUAUAAUUCACUGUAUCACAAUUCCUGUGGGUCAGAAGUUUACAUACACUAAGUUGACUGUGCCUUUAAACAGCUUGGAAAAUUCCAGAAAAUGAUGUCAUGGCUUUAGAAGCUUCUGAUAGGCUAAUUGACAUCAUUUGAGUCAAUUGGAGGUGUACCUGUGGAUGUAUUUCAAGGCCUACCUUCAAACUCAGUGCCUCUUUGCUUGACAUCAUGGGAAAAUCAAAAUAAAUCAGCCAAGACCUCAGAAAACAAAUUGUAAACCUCCACAAGUCUGGUUCAUCCUUGGGAGCAAUUUCCAAAUGCCUGAAGGUACCACGUUCAUAUGUACAAACAAUAGUACGCAAGUAUAAACACCAUGAUACCACGCAGCCGUCAUACCACUCAGGAAGGAGACGGGUUCUGUCUCCUAGAGAUUAACAUACUUUGGUGCGAAAAGUGCAAAUCAAUCCCAGAACAACAGCAAAGGACCUUGUGAAGAUGCUGGAGGAAACACGUACAAAAGUAUCUAUAUCCAUAGUAAAAUGAGUCCUAUAUCGACAUAACCUGAAAGGCCGCUCAGCAAGGAAGAAGCCACUGCUCCAAAACCGCCAUAAAAAAGCCAGACUACGGUUUGCAACUGCACAUGGGGACAGAGAAAUGUCCUCUGGUCUGAUGAAACAAAAAUAGAACUGUUUGGCCAUAAUGACCAUCGUUAUGUUUGGAGGAAAAAGGAGGAGCUUGCAAGCCAAAGAACACCAUCCCAACCGUGAAGCACAGGGGUGGCAGCAUCAUGCUGUAGGGGUGCUUUGCUGCAGGAGGGACUGGUGCACUUCACAAAAUAGAUGGCAUCAUGAGGAAGGAAAAUUAUGUGGAUAUAUUGAAGCAACAUCUCAAGACAUCAGUCAGGAUGUUAAAGCUUAGUCGCAAAUGGUUCUUCCAAAUGGACAAUGACCCCAAGCAUACUUCCAAAGUUGUGGCAAAAUGGCUUAAGGACAACAAAGUCAAGGUAUUGGAGUGGCCAUCACAAAGCCUUGACCUCAAUCCUAUAGAAAAUGUGUGGAAAAGCAUGUGCGAGCAAGGAGGCCUACAAACCUGACUCAGUUACACCAGCUCUGUCAGGAGGAAUGGACCAAAAUUCACCAACUUAUUGUGGGAAGCUUGUGGAAGGCUACCCGGAACAUUUGACCCAAGUUAAACAAUUUAAAGGCAAUGCUACCAAAUUCUAAUUGAGUGAAUGUAAACUUCUGACCCACUGGGAAUGUGAUGAAAGAAAUAAAAGCUGAAAUAAAUAAUUAUCUCUACUAUUAUUCUGACAUCUCACAUUCUUAAAAUAAAGUGGUGAUCCUAACUGACCUAAGACAGGGAAUUUUUACUAGGAUUAAAUGUCAGGAAUUGUGAAAAACUGAGUUUAAAUAUAUUUGGCUAAGGGGUGUGUAAACUUCCGACUUCAACUGUACAUAAAUAAAAAAAUUAAGAAAAUACAGUUAGGGUUGGGUCCCCCCUAGCAGUAUGAGGCCCUAAGCAACCGCUUAUGUCGCUUAUGCCUGGAGCCGGCCCUGGGUCUGAACAUUAACAUGCAUUGCUUGCGAUACGGUUUUGGAAGCAUAAGGACCUUUCAUAUCAGUGAGAAAUAAUAAUAAUACUUUUUUUACAAAAAGGUUAAAUUGAUACACACCUUGAUAGGGUUAUGCUUCGUGUUCCCACACGGCCAUAUCUCCAUGUUACAGCGCUUGUUGUUUACCAAAAACAGACGAAAGACCAGAGGCGACCACCUGUGCUCAUUAGCUAUCUUUCUGCGAACAUCUGUGUAAGCAUAACUCGGGAAGUGUAGUUUCGACGGAUCGAGUCACCAAUAGCUGUAUGGAUCUGUAACUGCUACAGUAAGUCUACCUUUUUUAUUUUAAGGAUUCUUUCUCGCUGAUGAAAGAUAAAGACCAUAUGUUUAGAAAGCCGUAUUUCAAGUGAUGAUUAUUCAAGUUUCUAAAUGUUAAAACACAGAGGGUUGUGCGUACGGCCCAGUACAUCACUAGGGCCAAGCUUCCUGCCAUCCAGGACCUCUAUACUAGGUGGUAUCAGAGGAAGGCCGUAAAAUGUGCAUUGUUCCCCCACCCCCUCUUUUACGCUGCUGCUACUCUCUGUUUAUUAUCUAUGCAUAGUCACUUUAACUCUACCUACAUGUACAUAUUACCUCAAUUACCUCGACUAACCUGUGCCCCCGCACAUUGACUCUGUACCAGUUCCCCCUGUUGAAAACAAAUUAAAAUAAAAUGUAUGCAAUUUUAUUUGAUUUAGUUGACAUGAGGCAUUCAUGGACGAAGCUAAUGGCUGAGAACUGUAGGGAGAAGGCAGAAUGACACCUAGAGCUUUCCAGAGCUAAUACAAUCCCAGCUAAACAUAGGCAUAGCAUAGAUAAGUACUUUAUUUAUUAUUUUCCAUGUCACAUACAGAUAAAGGACACAUUGUCAUGAAUAGUUAUCCCCUUGUGUUCACAUGGUUCCAGUAUGAUACCCCCAGUAGCUACCAUCUCUCUCUCUCACACACAUACACACACACACACACUAGCAGUUAGAACAAACUCAUUUGGACUUGUUCUCUCUCGCUCCCUCUCGUAGCAUGGCAGAUAAACAGGAUAAGAGUGAGCUGAAGGCGGAGCUGGAGAGGAAGAAGCAACGCCUGGCCCAAAUCAGAGAGGAGAAGAAGAGAAAAGAGGAGGAGAAGAACAAGAAGAAGGAUGUGAGUAGAGAGAAGAGAAUAAAUAUGUAGAACAUGGCUUGAUGCAGAGGAGUGGGGGCGUUUAGUAUAGGAGUAUUACAGUAUCAUGUUAUAGCCUACAUAUGCAGUAUUUAUUACAUUACUGUCUCCCUGUCCCUCCCAUUCAACAAAUCCCCUCACGCUACCUCUCCCUUGCCCCCCUUACCCUCUCUCCCCCUGUAGGGGUCUGACUCUAAGCGGGGAGGGGAGGGGGGUGGAGCCUGUGCACCAGACUCGUCUGACCUGGAGAAGAAGAGGAGAGAGGCUGAAGCUCUACUGCAGAGCAUGGGGAUUAACCCUGAUAUACCCAAUGGUAAGGACACGCACGCACGCACACACGCACGCACACACACACAUUUUGUAUUCUAAUUUAAUGUUCACCGUCUGUGAUUAACAUUUGAGUGUUACACCAAUUUAAUUUAUUUGUCCUGUCUUGGUUUUGUUGAAUCGUUAAAGAAUUAUUCACAACUUUUCUAACUGUUGUUUUCUCUUCUGGUUUUGAACAAGCCUUUCUGCAUGAAGCCUCAGCAUGCCACUUAACCCUACUUUUUCUCUCUCUUCUCCCUUUAUUUAUUUUGCUUUUUUGUAUCUUCCCCCUUUUUUAUUUUCCGACUAACUCACUCACUCACUCACUCACUCACUCACUCACUCACUCACUCACUCACUCACUCACUCACUCACUCACUCACUCACUCACCCUCAACAGCCCAGCCUCUGAGGGUAAUAACAGAGGAUACGUGUUUGUUUCACUAUCUAGUCCCCGCCCCCAUGUCUCCCUCAGCCAAGUCAAUGUGCAGCGAGACAGGAAGCCAGGACUCUGGAGAUGGAAACACCAGGUACGUGUGUCUAUAUGAUUAACUACACUGAACAACAAUAGAAACGCAACAUGUGAAGUGUUGGUCCCAUGUUUCAUGAGCUGGCUGAAAUAAAAUAUCCCCAAAAUGUUCCAUACACACACAAAACUUAUUUCGUUUCACAAAUUUGUUUACAUCCCUGUUAGUGAACAUUUAUCUUUUGCCAAGAUAAUCCAUCCACCUGACAGGUGUGGCAUAUCAAGAAGCUGAUUAAACAGCAUGAUCAUUACACAGGUGCAGUUUUGUCACACAACACAAUGCCACAGUCUCAAGUUUUGAGGGAGCGUGCAGUUGGCAUGUUGACUGCAAGAAUGUCCACCAGAGCUGUUGCCAGAGAAUUGAAUGUUCAUUUCAAUACCAUAAGCCGCCUUCAACGUCGUUUUAGAGAAUUUGGCAGUAUGUCCAACAGGCCUCACAACCGCAGACCACGUGUAACCACACCAGCCCAGGACCUCCAUGUCCGGCUUCUUCACCUGCGGGAUCGUCUGAGACCAGCCACCCGCACAGCUGUUGAAACUGUGGAUUUGCACAAACAAAGAAUUUCUGCACAAACGGUCAGAAACCGUCUCAGGGAAGCUCAUCUGCGUGCUCGUCGUCCUCACCAGGGUCUUGAUCUGACUGCAGUUCGGCGUCGUAAUCGAUUUCAGUGGGCAAAUGCUCACCUUCGAUGGCCACUGGCACGCUGGAGAAGUGUGCUCUUCACAAGUAAAUCCUGGAUUCAACUGUACCGGGCAGAUGGCAGACGUGUGGGCGAGCGGUUUGCUGAUGUCAUUGUUGUGAACAGAGUGCCCCAUGGUGGCAUGUCACCCAUUGAGCAUGUUUGGGAUGCUCUGGUUCGACGCGUACUACAGCGUGUUCCAGUUUCCGCCAAUAUCCAGCCACUUCACACAGCCAUUGAAGAGGAGUGGGACAACAUUCCACAGGCCACAAUCAACAGCCUGAUCAACUCAAUGCGAAGGAGACGUGUCGCGCUGCAUGAGGCAAAUGGUGGUCACACCAGAUACUGACUGGUUUUCUGAUCCACACCACCUACUUUUUUGUUAAAGGUAUCUCUGACCAACAGAUGUAUUUCUGCAUUCCCAGUCACGUGAAAUCCAUCGAUUACGGCCUAAUUUAUUUAUUUCAAUUAACUGAUUUCCUUAUAUGAACUGUAACUCAGGAAAAUCUUUGAAAUUGUUGCACGUUGCGUUUAUAUUUUUGUUCAGUGUACUUGCAUGCUCAGUAUUUAUUAACAACACGUGUGUAAAUUCUGACCUGCAUGCUUUCUCUCUUUCACUUCCCGCUCCACCCUUCUCUCUAUCGCUCUCUCUCUCGCUCUCUCUCUCUCCAUCUCUCUCUCUCUCCCUCCCUGUUGUUUUGUCUUUGUUUCUCUCGCUCCAUAUCUCUCCAUCAUUCUCCCUCCCCUCUCUUCACUCCGCUCCGACUCCUCUCUCUCUCCUUCUCGCUCUCCUUAUCUCUCUCUUUCUCUCUUUCUGACUAACUGCUGCCCCCUGGUGGUGUGUUGUGGCUGUAUCAGGACGUUACACUGGGAUCCUGACCCCUCUACUCUGCAGCUGCACUCUGACUCUGAACUACUGGGGUACUGCUCUGCUCUCUCUUACUCUCUAAGACACAAACCCCUACUUGGGCUGGAGUACUGCUCCUUUCUUCUGUUCCUCCUGGUCCUUUCCUUGGUGGACAUGUGUACAUGUAGAGUGUUUGUCUUUCUAAUGGUGUGUUUGGAUGUGGAAGAGUCUCUGACCUUGUGUGUGCGUGCGUGAGAGAGAGAGAGUCUGUAUAAUGUUGUGGCUGUGUUUUUUAGGUUUGUAUGUGUCUCUGACUAUGUAUGUGUCACCAGGCGAGGUUUGAGGCUUGGCAUGGCAAAGGUGACCCAGGUGGAUUUCCCACCCAAAGAGUCUGUGUCCUACUCCAAGGAGACACAGACCCCCACCUAUACACAAACACACACCCAGGACAAACCAGGUAGUCCUUGUGUUUUAAUGCGUCACCAGCAAUUUACAGACUUUUAAGUAUGUUGUGAGCAUGAUAUUGAACCUGUGUGUGUGUGUGUGUGUGUGUGUGUGAAGCAGAGGAGGAGGAAGAGGAGGAGGAGGAGAUGGCCGAGCCCAAGCCAGCAGAGGAGUCCCAGGAGGAGAAAGCUGAUCAGGAGGAGAAGCAGGAAGAAGGUGAGACUGACUAUACCCUCCAACCUCUAACCUGUGACCUGUAAGUUGGCUAGCCCUGCCUACACCACUGCUGAUAUUCAUGUGUGUGUGUGUGUGUAGUCCCUCCCAAGGAACUGACUGAAGAGGAGAAGAUGCACCUUCUCCACUCAGAGGAGUUCAUGACGUUCUUCGAUCGAGGGAGCAGGAUCGUGGAGCGGGCUCUGUCUGAACGAGUGGACGUCUGCUUUGACUACAGCGGCCGAGACCUGGAAGACAAGGAGGGGUGAGACACCAAAAAAAAUUACGAUUAUUAUUAUUAUUUGUCACAUACACAGUUUACAGCAGGUAUAAAAGGUGCCGCAAAAUGCUUGUGUGUUAGCUCCCUCAACAUUGUAGUACAAUAAUCAAUAUCAAUAAUAAACACACACACUCACAGCUAUAGAGAGCGUAUUUUUUUAUUGCACCCUCUCUCCCCCUCCUCCACUCUCCCCCCUCCUCUACUCUCCCCCUCCUCCUCCUCCACUCUCCCCCCUCCUCCUCCUCUCUUCCUCCACUCUCCCCCUCCCUUCCUCCACUCUCCCCCUCUCCUCCACUCUCCCCCUCCUCCUCCACUCUCCCCCCUCCUCCUUCUCACUCUCCCCCUCCUCCUCCUCACUCUCCCUCUCCCUCCCCCUCCUCCUCCUCUCUCCCCCUCCUCCUCCUCCUCCUCCUCUCUCCCCCUCCUCCUCUCUCCACCUCCUCCUCUCAUCCCCCCUCCUCUCUCCACCCUCCUCUCUCUCCUCCUCCUCCUCUCUCCCCCCCCUCCUCCUCUCUCACCCCCCACCCCCCUCCUCCUCUCUCACCCCCCUCCUCCUCCCUCCACCUUCUCCUCCCCCUCACCUCUCCUCCUCUUCUCCUCUCUUCUCCUCCUCUCCCCUACUCUACUCUCCUACCUCUCUCUCCUCACUCCCCCUCUCCUCUACUCCCUCCACUCUCCCCCUCCUCCUCUCUCUCCUCUCAUCCACUUAUCCCCUCGCCUCCCUCUCUCCCAAACUCUCCUCCACUCUCCUCCUCCUCUCUCUCCUCUUCUCACUGCCCUCCCCCCCCCCCCUCCUCUCCUUACACCCUCCUACUCUUCUACCCCCUCUCCACUCUCCCCUUCCUAUCUAUACCCCCUCCUCCUCUCUCUCUCGCUCUCUGUUUCCAGUGAGAUGCAGGCGGGGGCAAAGAUGUCUCUGAACAGGGCGUUCUCUGACGAACGUUGGUCCAAGAACAGAGUGGUCACCUGUCUGGACUGGUCUCCUCAGGUAAGAGAGUGUGUAAUGAUUCUAAAUAUACACUGAGUGUACAAAACCUGCUCUUUCUAUGACAGACUGACCAGGUGAAUCCAGGUGAAAGCUAUGAUCCCUUAUUGAUGUCACUUGUUAAAUCCACUUCAAUCAGUGUAGAUGAAGAGGAUGAGACAGGUUAAAGAAGGAUUUUCAAGCCUUGAGACAUGGAUUGUGUAUGUGUGCCAUUCAGAGGGUGAAUGGGCAAGACAAAAUAAGUGCCUUUAAAUGGGGUAUGGUAGUAGGAGCCAGGCACACCUGUUUUAGUGUGUCAAGAACUGCAACGCUGCUGGGUUUUUCACGCUCAACAGUUGCCCGUGUGUAUCAAGAAUGGUCCACCACCCAAAGGACAUCCAGCCAACUUGACACAACUUUGGGAAGCAUUGGAGUCAACAUGGGCCAGCAUCCCUGUGGAAUGCUUUGGACACCUUGUAGGGUCCAUGCCCCGACGAAUUCAGGCUGUUCCGAGGGCAAAAGGAAGGUGUUCCUAAUGUUUUGUACAUUCAGUGUAUAUACUGUAUGUAACUGUUGGAUUCAUAUUAAUCUCUUGUGUUUGACUCCUGUUCGAUUCAGUACCCUGAGCUGCUGGUGGCCUCCUACAACAACAACGAGGAUGCUCCUCAUGAGCCUGACGGAGUGGCUCUGGUCUGGAACAUGAAAUACAAGAAGACAACACCCGAAUACACCUUCCACUGCCAGGUACGCACACUCAUGAACGCACGCAUGCAUACACACCAGUGGAGGCUGCUGAGGGGAGGACGGCUCAUAAUAAUGGCUGGAACGGAGUGAAUGGAAUGGCAUUGAUACCAUUCCAGUUAUUCCGCUCCAGCCAUUACCACAAGCCCGUCCUCCCCAAUAAAGGUGCCACCAACCUCCUGUGAUACACACACACACACAUCCACACUGCUCUGCGAAAAUCAUUUUCUUCUGCCUCUCCUCCAGUCUGCAGUGAUGUCAGCAGCAUUCGCCAGGUUCCAUCCUAACCUGGUUGUGGGCGGGACUUACUCAGGCCAGAUCGUCCUAUGGGACAACAGGAGCAACAAGAGAACACCUGUACAGAGAACUCCCCUUUCUGCAUCCGCUCACACGGUAACACACACACAGAGUGCUCAAUAGCUUUCAAAUUGUGAAAUUGUUUACAUUUUAUUAUACAGGUACAACCUAAUAUUAGCCACAUACAUUUUAGAUUUGUCAUUUAGCAGACGCUCUUAUCCAGAGAGAAUUAAAGGAGCAAUUAGGGUUAAGUGCCUUGCUCAAGGGCCCAUCGGUAGAUUUUUCAUCUAGGCGGCUCGGGGAUUCGAACCAGCAACCUUUCGGUUACUGGCCCAACCGCUAGGCUACCUGCCGCCCAUAGAGACUGAACUGUGUCUGUGUCCGGUGAUGUUCAGCACCCAGUGUACUGUGUGAACGUGGUGGGGACCCAGAAUGCUCACAACCUCAUCAGCAUCUCGACUGACGGAAAGAUGUGCUCCUGGAGCCUGGACAUGCUGUCUCAACCACAGGUACUACUGCAGCGUGUGUAUGUGUUACAGGACAUCGCAGAGCUAGUGUUUUGGCAGUCUUAAUGCUGUAUGUGUUACAGGACAUCGCAGAGCUAGUGUUUUGGCAGUCUUAAUGCUGUAUGUGUUACAGGACAUCGCAGAGCUAGUGUUUUGUCAGUCUUAAUGCUGUAUGUGUUACAGGACAUCGCAGAGCUAGUGUUUUGGCAGUCUUAAUGCUGUGUGUGUUACAGGACAUCGCAGAGCUAGUGUUUUGGCAGUCUUAAUGCUGUGUGUGUUACAGGACAUCGCAGAGCUAGUGUUUUGGCAGUCUUAAUGCUGUAUGUGUUACAGGACAUCGCAGAGCUAGUGUUUUGGCAGUCUUAAUGCUGUAUGUGUUACAGGACAUCGCAGAGCUAGUGUUUUGGCAGUCUUAAUGCUGUAUGUGUUACAGGACAUCGCAGAGCUAGUGUUUUGGCAGUCUUAAUGCUGUGUGUGUUACAGGACAUCGCAGAGCUAGUGUUUUGGCAGUCUUAAUGCUGUGUGUGUUACAGGACAUCGCAGAGCUGGUGUUUUGGCAGUCUUAAUGCUGUAUGUGUUACAGGACAGUCUGGAGCUGGUGUUUAAGCAGUCGAAGGCAGUAGCAGUGACCUCCAUGGCUUUUCCUCUGGGUGACGUCAACAACUUUGUGGUCGGCAGUGAAGAUGGAUCGGUGUACACCGCCUGCCGCCACGGGAGGUACGUGAGUGUGUGUGUGUGUGAUUUAAUUUUGCGAUGGGAAGUAACGAUUGCUUUGUGCACAUCCUGUGUGUUACAGUAAGGCAGGCAUCAGUGAUGUGUUUGAGGGGCACCAUGGUCCAGUCACUGGGCUGAGCUGUCACAGUGCCGGGGGUCCCGUGGAUUUCUCCCAUCUCUUCAUCUCUGCCUCCUUCGACUGGACCGUCAAGCUGUGGACCACCAAGGUAACACACACACACACACAUUAACCCUACCUCUUUCUUUAACUUAACAGUACCUUCUCUCUCUCUGUAGAGUACCCGUCCUCUGUAUUCGUUUGAGGACAGCUGUGACUAUGUGUAUGAUGUCAUGUGGUCUCCCACACACCCCGCCCUCUUCGCCUGUGUGGACGGAUCUGGACGCCUGGACCUGUGGAACCUCAACAACGACACAGAGGUACACACACACACCAGAGGCGGCUGGUGGUAGGAGCUAUAGGACGGGCUCAUUGUAAUGGCUGGAAUGGAAUUAAUGGAACAGUAUCAAACGUAUGGAAACCACUUCUGACUGUUCCAAAUGUACCAUUCCAGCCAUUAGAAUGAGCCCGUCCUCCUAUAGCUCCUCCCACACACACAGUACAAACAACAGACAUACAUAUGAACAAUGCAACAAACAGUGUGUGUGUGUGUGUGUCCUAGGUGCCCAGUGCGAGUGUGUGUGUGGAUGGGUCUCCUGCUCUGAACCGUGUGCGUUGGGCUCACUCAGGGAGAGAGAUCGCUACAGGAGACUCAGACGGACAGGUGCUGGUCUAUGACGUAGGAGAGGUGAGAUAUCUAUUCCUUCAUCAAGUAAAACCCUUAUACUGCUGCAGUGUCAUACCUGAAUUUGUUUAACCCGUGUGUGUGUUCCACAGCAAAUCUGUGUGCCCAAGGCAGAUGAGUGGACCCGUUUGGUGCACACGCUCGUGGAGAUCAACGAGAACCGAGAUGAAGGGGACGAGCUGGCCGCGCAGCGCCUAGUCGCCUGA